CACCGAUCGGUCCGGUUUCCCCUUAUCGCGUCGUAGACGGCUGGCUGCCACGCGAACCCGGUGAUUCUGUUCAACGUAAUCUUCGUAAAUCAUGGCUCUUGAACGGCGACAGAGGAUGCAGCGAUCCUGUCCCGCGAUUUAUCCGGAAGCGGCCUGAUGCACGAGAUUCACCAAUCGUCGAAGGGAUUCGACGAGCGGCUGCGCGAUCCCGAGGAUCAUCGAGUGCUCUGGGUGCUGGAUCUGGAGUGCGACUACGCGAUCCCGAUGCUGAGGGCGGCGAACGGAAGCGGGAUGUUCGGCGCGCCCAACAAAUGGCUGCUGCUUCAAGACCGCCGGACGUUCGGCGGGACUCCGGCGUCGGACGGGGACCGGGACGGGAUCGAGGAGACGUUCCGGGAGAUGGCCGUUUUCCCGGACAGCGAGGUGUUCCUGGCGAGGCGGCUGCGCGGCGACUUCACGGAGAUCCGGUCGAUCUACAGGCGAGGUCCUCUGAGCGAGGUGGUGCUGGAGGAUCGAGGGAACUGGACGGCGGACGGAGGCGUUCUUCCGAGGGAUCUGCUCCCGACGUCGCGACGGAGGAGGGAUCUGGCCGGGACGCAUCUGAGAUCCUGCCUCGUGAUAACGGACCCCGAUACGAUCAACCACUUAACCGAUUACGAAAAUAAGCACAUAGAUUCAAUAACGAAGGCCAAUUAUCCCUGGAUGCUGACCAUGGUGGCGAGAAUGAAUGCGACCAUCAGCUUCCGCAUGACGGACUCUUGGGGAUACAAAGACCAGAACGGCUCCUGGAGCGGAAUGGUAGGACUGCUGCAGCGCGGCGAGAUCGACAUAGGUGGCACCGGGAUGUUCUUCAUCAAGGAAAGACUGGACGUGCUGGAGUACGUGCAGCUGUACUCCAGAAUGCGGUCAGCCUUCAUAUUCCGUCAACCGCUGUUGUCCAUGAUAAGCAACAUAUUCGCGUUGCCGUUCCAAAGAUCGGUAUGGAUCGCGAUCGGCGUGUUUCUGCUGGCGGUUCUGGCGCUGCUGUACGUGUCGUCGAAAUGGGAGUACCGUCUGGGCACGUCCGCGUAUUGGGAAUCGUUGAAUCCCGCGCAGCAGACGCUGAGCGACAAUCUGAUGGUCGUGCUUGGAGCUAUGGCCCAACAAGGUUACUACUACGAGCCGUACAGAGUCCCUCCUCGCAUCGUCACCUUGAUGCUGCUGAUCACCGCGCUGAGCCUGUACGCUUCUUACACGGCCAACAUCGUCACCCUGCUGCAGUCCACGGCCGACACCAUCAAGACGCCCGCCGACCUGCUGAACAGUCCGUUGAAGCUCGGGGCGCAGGACAUUGUCUACAAUCGGUACUACUUCUCGCAAUUCCGGGAUCCGGUUAGGAAGGCCAUCGUGGAGGAGAAGAUUCAGCCGAAGGGCCACAAGGGCAACUGGAUGAGCCUGGAAGAGGGCAUGCGUCGCAUGAGGACCGAGCUGUUCGCCAUCCACGCUGAAGUGGGAUCCGCCUACAAGCUGAUGCAGGAGACGUUCUUGGAGGACGAGAAGUGUGGCAUCGAGCAGAUCGAUCUUCUGAACGUCAUAGACCCGCUGAUGGUGAUGCAGAAGCACUCGCCGUACAGAGAAAUCGUGAGGAACGCGGCUCACCGAAUGCACGAGACUGGACUCAAGUUCAGGGAGGAGCAUCGGUUCUUCAUGCGGCGACCCAAGUGUCAGGGACAGACCGGCUUCAUUAGCAUCGGGUUGACAGAGUGCUAUUUUGCGAUAGUCUCAAUGGGUUAUGGAGCGUUGUUCAGUCUAGCUAUGCUGCUACUGGAACUGCUCUGGCACAGAUGGUAAU